UUGUAGUGUCCAAGAGAUGCUCGAUCACGUGCAUAUCUCUCCGCCAGCUAGCUUGCUCUUUCUGGCUUGCCGCUUACUCUACCUCGCAGCAGCUGCAGAUCACGAUUGUGGACGACGAUCAUCGCCCAUUCUAUAAAUGCAACAUUUCAUAUGCCAUCUAGCAUCACUCACUGGGAUCACACAGUCUGAGUCUAUCACUAGCUAGCUCAGCUGCCCUACACUGCACGCGGAUUAACGAGCCAUGGCGGCUGAUGACUCGGACCACGGCGGCGCCAUCCACGUCCUCCUGCUACCGUACCCGAGCCAGGGCCACAUCAACCCGUUCCUCCAGUUCGGCAAGCGCCUCGCCUCCCACGCCGGCGUCCGCUGCACGCUCGCCGUCACGCGCUACCUGCUCGGCCAGGGCCGGGACCCGUGCCCCGGCGCCGUCCACCUUGCCGAGAUCUCCGACGGCUUCGACAGCGGCGGCUUCGCCGAGGCCGCCGGCGACGUCGCCGCGUACCUCGCCCGGCUGGAGUCCGUCGGGUCACGCACUGUCGACGAGCUGCUGCGGUCCGAGGCGGAGAAGGGCCGGCCCGUGCGCGCCGUGGUCUACGACGCGUUCCUGCAGCCGUGGGCGCCAAGCGUGGCCCGGCGGCAUGGCGCCGCGUGCGCGUCCCUCUUCACGCAGGCGCCCGCGGUGAACGUAGCCUACGCGCACGCCGGGGCUGGGCGGCUGACCGCGCCGGUCGUCGCCGGCAACGUGCCGCCGGAGCUGCCCGGGCUGCCGGCUCGGCUCGGACCAGACGACGUGCCCUCGUUCCUGGCCAAGCCCGACGACUGCCCCGCGUACCUCGACCUGCUGGUGAGGCAGUUCGUGGGCCUCGAUGCCGCCGAUUACGUGCUCAUCAACUCCUUCCACGAGCUGCAGCCACUGGAAUCGGAGUACAUGGCGUCGACGUGGGGGGCCAAGACGGUAGGCCCGACGGUGCCCUCGGCGUACCUGGACAACCGCCUGCCGGACGACGCCUCCUACGGCUUCCACCUGCACACGCCGACGACGGCCGCGACCAAGGCGUGGUUGGACGCCCGGCCGGCGCGCUCCGUCGCGUACGUCUCCUUCGGCAGCAUCGCCGCGCUGGGGCCGGAGCAGAUGGAGGAGGUGGCGGAAGGCCUUUUCAACAGCGGCGCGUCCUUCCUGUGGGUUGUCAGGGCCUUGGAGACGUCCAAGAUCCCCGACGGCUUCGCCGACAAGGCGGGCGGGAGCGGCUUGAUCGUGCCAUGGUCGGCGCAGCUGGAGGUGCUGGCGCACGGCGCCGUUGGGUGCUUCGUGACGCACUGCGGGUGGAACUCGACAACGGAGGCGCUGAGCGCCGGGGUGCCGAUGGUGGCGGUGCCGCACUGGUCGGACCAGCCGACGAACGCCAAGUACAUCGAGGACGUGUGGCGCGUCGGCGUGCGGGCGCGGCCGGACGCGGUUGGGGUGGUGAGGCGGGAGGAGGUGGAGCAUUGCGUGAGGGAGGUGAUGGGGAGCGAGGAGUACCGGACGAGGGCGACGGAGUGGAGUGUGAAGACGAAGGCGGCCAUGAGCGAAGGCGGGAGCUCCGACCGCAACAUCUUGGAGUUUCUCCGUGGACUCGGAUCGAGGAAAUCCGAGCGGUGGAGAGCGGCGGAAGAUCUGUAGUUUCGUGCUGUUUCUCUGACAAGUAAGGCUGUGUUUGACAACAAGAGCAGGUGGCAUGCCUAGGCAUCAACGGCGGCGGGAGGGCAGCAACGCGACACAGAAUAUUGACCGACGCUAUGGGGCUUGGCUGCCGCUUGGCCAACAGAGGCGCAUAGUGGCGAGCCGGCUAGGGCGGUGAGCGGACGCACCGGCGGCGGUCGGGAGCAGUGCAUGUGUGGCCAGCAGCGGCGAGCAAGGCCGCAGCAUGGCAGCACGGCACAUCUACGGUGUGGUAUUGACCGCACGCAGCUAGGCAUGCACAUGCUUGGCAUCGGUGCCUUGUGGACUCGCGUUGCAGCCAUCAGCACGACCAUGGCUGGCUAGCGUACUGACGAAGUGACCAGAUGCACGGGGCGUAGGAGGAGAGAAGGAGGAGCGCAAGCGGAAGUACGAAGGUCAUCAUUUUUUUCAUUGCUUUCUCUUGGCUUGUGCAUGGCCGACGAUGUAAAACAGACAGCGGCAGUGGCAGCGGCGGCUUGCAGCGAGGAAGGUGAUAACGGACAGAUUCGUUUUCUUCGCCGGCUCUGUUUUUUUAAAAGAGGUUGGGGGUUCUUUUUUUA